AUGACGACAACGCCCUCGCAGGGCGAAGCGGCAGCAACACAGGCGAACGGAGCUAGCAGCGACGGCGUCUCCGUCGAGGCCCUCGCAGAUGGCCAGCUUGAAGUCAACCUUCUGGACAUCGGCGUCACAGCCGAAGACAUCGCUGCGAUGCGUCGCAUCGAAGAGGCACGAAGGGUUCAGCAGCAGGCAUUGGAAUCAGGACCCUCGGAGCCACAAGUGAUGACAAGGGCGAAGGGGAAGCAGACCAUGCUCACCGAAGCAGAGUGUCAAGAGCAGUACAACAAGUUGAGGGAGGAGGAGCUUCGCUACAAGGCGAUGCAGGAGAAGCUCCGUGCCCAGAGGCUGCAGCUGGAGCAAUUGCAGGCUCCACCAAAACCACCCCAGAGGGAGGCAGUCGUGGCCAACCCGCGACAGCAAGAACCACCGAGGUCCCGCCAGAAGUUUGUGCCGGUCAAAGAGAUCUCUGACCAUUCUGAGUCAGACGGCGAAGAGUGUCACCGAAGAAGCCAUCACAGGAUAUCACCAUUGUCCGAAGAGCUGGAGGAGGUACAGUGGCCUCACCGUCUUAACCCAGCAAUAUUGCCUCAGUUCGAUGGAGAGUCAGACCCGAAGAGUUCCUCCUCAAGUACGAAGCCACCAUCGAAGCAUCAGGAGGAGGCACCGCAUGCAGACCUUCGGCUGCAGCACUACCCACAUAAUGACCCCCUUGUCAUAAGGGCGAACAUUGGCAAGAAUUUAGUGCACUUCGCGGGGAAUGAUGUAGGGAGAAUCUUGGUGGACAACGGGCGUUCUGCAGAUAUCCUCGUCUGGCAGUGCUUCGUCAAAAUGGGAUUCACCGAAGCAGCGCUGAAGAAGUCACAGUAUCCACUCAUUGGGUUUGGAGGCAAGAGAAUCGAAGCUCUUGGAAAGAUAGAGCUCAACGUAAUGUUUGGCGAAGGUGCAGGACAGAGAACUGAAGCAAUUACCUUCGACGUGGUCGACAUCAAUUAUCCCUACAACGCCAUCUUCGGUCGCAACACUUUGGUCAAAUUCGCAGCAGUAAUUCAUCAGUCGUACCUAUGCAUGAAGCUACCCACGACCGGAGGAAUUAUCACAGUCUUCGGAAACCAAGAAGAAGCAAGAAGGUGCGAGGACAACGCAUCAACCUCAGACAAGAAUGUCCAUGUCAUUGAAGCACCAAAUGAGGUCAAUGAUGGUGAAAAUUGCGAAGAGCCUGAGAAGCUAGGGGGUGUAUCCCCAGCGGAACAUACGAAGAAGGUGCCCUUGUGCGAAGAUGUGCCUGAUCGAAUGGUGAUCAUCGGAAAAGGGCUUCAAGAGGCCGAAGAGGCCAGGCUUAUACAGUUUCUCCGCAACAAUCAAGAUGUGUUUGCUUGGUCCUCUUCGGAUCUGCGAGGGGUCAGUCGAGAAGUCAUCGAGCAUGAGCUGAGGGAGAAUCCGAAGGCGAAACCCGUGAAGCAGGGCCAAAGAUCAAUGUCCGAAGAAAGGCAGAAAGCGGCUCAAGCCGAGGUACAAAAGUUACUGGACGCGGGCGUCAUCCUCGAAGUCCUGUACCCGGAAUGGCUAGCAAACAUUGUAAUGGUACCAAAGAAGAACGAGAAGUGGCGAAUGUGCAUUGACUACACAAUCCUCAACAAGGCGUGCCCAAAGGAUGAACACCCACUGCCGCGAAUUGACACCUUGGUCGAUGCAGCAGUUUGUUCGGAGAUGCUCAGUGUGUUGGAUUGUUUCUCAGGUUAUCACCAGAUAUUCAUGAACAAGGCGGACGAAGAGAAGACCAGCUUCACCACCCCCUUCGGGACAUAUUGCUACGUGAGAAUGCCGGAGGGCCUCCGCAACACAGGAUUCACUUUCAAUAGAAUGAUCAAGAAGGUACUGGGAGAUCAACUGGGAAGGAAUAUCUCCGCGUAUGUCGAUGAUGUCGUUGUCCGAAGCAAGAGGAGGGAGGACCAUAUCCAAGAUCUUUGCGAAACUUUCGUGAACCUUCGCCGCCAUGGUUUGAAGCUGAACUCGGAGAAGUGCGUCUUCGGAGUCCGAAGAGGAAAAUUAUUGGGAUGCAUGAUAACGGAAAGGGGAAUAGAAGCAAAUCCGGAGAAGAUAGAAGCGAUCAGGCGGAUGAAGCCACCGACCACCAGAAAGGGGGUACAAAAGUUGACGGGCAGGUUGGCUUCGCUUAAUCGAUUCAUAUCAAAAUCAGCGGAGAAGUGCCUACCAUUUUUCAAGGCGCUGAAAGGAUCAGGAAAUUUCGAAUGGGGCAAAGAACAGGCGAAGGCCUUCGAAGACCUCAAAGAGUAUAUCGAGAAGUUGGCUGUCAUGUCCAGCCCUUCGGAGAAGGCGGAGUUGUUGUUAUACAUCUCCACAUCAGGCGCAGCCGUCAGUGCCGCCCUUGUUGAAGAACGUAUGGUCGAAGGGGCAUUAACCCAGUCGCCCAUAUACUUCGUCUCCGAAGCCCUAAAUGGGUCAAAGUUGCUAUAUUCAGAAAUGGAGAAGAUGGCAUAUGCGAUGGUCAUGGCAUCACGCAAGUUGCGUUACUACUUCCAGAGCCACAAAAUCAAGGUUCCAACCUCUUUCCCACUUCGGGAUAUGUUUGAGAACAGUGAAGCCUCCGGCAGGAUAGGCAAAUGGGCUAUGCAACUAGCCGAGCACACCAUUGACUUCGUCUCCAGAUCAGCAAUCAAGUCACAGGUCUUGGCAGAUUACAUCACAGACUGGACACUAGUCGCACCUUCACAAGAUCUGCCGAAGAUAGAAGCAAUAUGGCAACUUGAGUGUGAUGGGGCUUACCAGAGAGACGGAGCAGGGGCUUCGGCAGUUCCUACAGCACCUUUGGGUACACAACUGAAGUACGCAGUCAGGCUUGACUUCACCGGGUGCACAAACAAUGUAGCAGAAUAUGAAGGCCUUCUCCUGGGUCUUCGCAAAGCAAGGGCACUAGGCGCACGAAGACUGACUAUCAGGUCCGAUUCAGAGUUGAUCACAAGUCAAAUAAACAAAUCCAACAGGGCUCUCAAGCCAGAGCUGGCAAAGUACUUGGCAGCGGUGCGAAGCAUGGAGAAACACUUCCUCGGGUUCAGCAUCCGGAGUUUCUCCAGAACAAAAAAUAAGCAAACUGAUCAACUGGCGAAGGCAGCAGCACAGUUUGAUCCAUUACCGCCAGAAGUUUUCUUUGAAACAUUAAAGCAGGCCUCCGUAAAUUGUGCCGAAGAACCAGCUAAAUUCAUCAAUGCCAUAACCAGCGAAGACUGGAGGGCCGCCAUAAUGGCCUAUCUUCGCGGACACUUUGUCCCGGAGGAUGAGAAGGAAGAAAAAAGAAUGGCACUUCGGGCGAGAAACUACAGAAUCAUAGGCGAAUAG